AUGUCUUCAGUCCCAUCCUCCAGCUCCGAUGAAUUUAUGAACCGUGACAUCGCGGCUGAACUGGCUAAAGACCCAGUAGGGCUGGCGUUUGCCGUCGUCUUACGAUAUCUCGUCGAGCGCGACCCUCGCCUUGAAGACCUCAAAUCUACAAACCUUAUGUACUCUGACGAGGCUUGCGCGCUAGUGCUGAAGGCCAUUGAAGAGAGGGACUACACGGAGUUAAGAGAUCAUCUACUCACGCUUACCGCCAAACCUGACGUAGUACUCGAAGGGGGGAAAGAAGCGACUGUGAAAUCUUGGGAGCAGCCGUUCGAGGGUCGCGCCCAUGCGGCCCUUUGGGCGCAUAUCGUCGGACACUUCAAGCGUCAACCCCGCAACUACUCGCCCUAUUGUUUCAUCGUCCAAUCCUCUGGGACUGGAAAGUCUCGGUGUGUGGACGAGCUCAGCAAGACUCAUCUGGUGGCGCCCUUGAACGUGAGACGACCUGGAAGUCGCGGGUUCCCUGCAGCGGACUCGCAGCUUCAUCGUUUCUUCACUCAGGUAUCUCCCCGUAUGGGCGUCCGCAUGAAUGCCAUCAUCUGUGCCCUGCUACUCGAGACCGCACAGAAGAUCGAGAAUGAAUACGCGAGCAGUGGACUCGAUAACCUUCCUGGCUGGCUUCGCAGUUUCAUGACGGAAGGACAGAGCUUCGACGCGCAAGGUCCCCGACGUAUUGACUUCUACGAUACAGUCGUCCAAACGGCCAACUCGCUUCUCGCUAUGGAGUACACUCCGCCGAUUUCAGGCCCACGACCUUCUGUCGUCCAGGAGGCGUCCCAAUCUUCGAGCCCGCCAAGGAUCCAGUUCAACACCCGUACCGGACUCGUGGAUGUGCAUUCGGCCGCUCGAUAUUUGCGCGAAGCCUGCCGCAAAACUAAUCACCCAGUGCAAGACGACGAACCCGUCAUCAUCGUCUCCAUCGAUGAAGCACAUGAGCUCACAACUACAGACGAAUUCGGCGCUAGGAACGGCACAUCUCUCGCACACAUUCGACGCGCCUUGCGCUCGAUGGACGAUGGUAUCUUCUUCAUUUUCCUAUCAACAUCCGCGAAGAUCUUACAGUUCACCGACCCCCGGAACUUGGUUCCUUCGAGCCGUGUUUCGUCAGAUUCUGUGCGUUUGAUUCCUCCCUUCAUGGCUUUGGGCUGGGAUCACCUUGCUCCGCGACUGGACUGGCCUCAGCAAGGGUUAUCGUUCGAGAGCAUAGGCUACGGAUACCAGGUCCGUCUGGGGCGUCCACUGUUCGGCACACGUUAUCUCGCAGGGGGAGAAGAAGCUGGCGAGCGCAGGAUGCUGCAGUUCGCAGCACAGAAGCUUCUAUGUGGCCCGUAUACACCCUGGCGCCAGCUCUCAUCUGAUCAACAGCUCGCCUGUCUCGCUCGAAGACUUCCCAUCGAAUUUAUGCCUAACCCCAAUGUGGAGCUGGAAAUGAAGCAAGUGGAGAAGCACAUGCGCGUCUGCAUGGGCGACUUGACGAGUCUCGCGACGAACUCUCCAUCCGAACCGAUACUUUCGGAGGCGGCCAGUAUGAUCAUGAACGAGUAUCCCGACUUCUCUCCGCCAUUCGCCCUCUCCUUAAGACUAGAAGGCCUUUACGCCCGCCGCGGAGACCGCGGGGAGAUGGCUGGGAUGCUCCUCGCGAUUAUGUCUCGAGAUGCUGUCGUACAUCGGACUCCUGGAUCCAGCAACUCCGGUUUCUUCUCUGCUGUUGAGUUCAUGCGGGAACUAUUCGGCGCUAUACCUACAAUCUUUGAAGCGACGCCGUCUGUCUAUGUCGCCGAAUCUGUAAAGGACGUGCCGCUCAAGAGUGCCUUUGCCGACAUACACCUGCACUUCAACCACUUCAUCAGGCGUAACUCGGUCGACAUCGACAUCGAUCAGCUCUUCGGGUUCGUCCUUCGGAAUGCUGCUCUCUUGGGCGCCAAUGCGCAACCUGGCUUCGAUAUCUUGCUUCCCUUGUGCCACGGCCGUUCUCUCUCGCGCUCGUCUCUGUCGUGGAUUUUGGUGCAACUCAAGAACGAUCCUGAUUACUCUGCUGAGAACUCCGACUCGCUCUUCGAUCAUAUGGACCCAGUCAUGCUCGGACUCGUCAAGCGCGGCGAAGUCUUACGCACUCCCAUGAUCCGCAUCGUCAUGGCGCUCGCCGGCAAGACGCCCGCUCUCAAAUGCGUAAAGAGACACCGGACCGCCGACUUCACGUCCUAUGACUUCGUAGCAUCGGGCCUUACCUCGUCCGUCUACCCCGCUGUGGGACAGGCCGAAUCGAUCUGGCGUGCUAUCCGAGGACCGCCGCAUGGGUGGAAGGACGUCUAUGGCGGCAACACUGUGACUGAGGAAAUGAGGGCAUUGAAGAUGUCGAUGACGCCCAUGGCUGGCGAUGAGGAGGCCUUCUGGUCCUGGAUGCCCAAGAAGCCGGCGGUGCGAGUGCAGGGUGUGGAUGAUGAAUGA